AUGUCUAACAAUCUCCGUAUCCUCUACUGGAACUGCCGGGGCGCCUCUAAAAAACGCCUCGAACUCCUUGAAUUAGUUCAAAGGAAAAACAUCGACAUUAUUUUACUCAAUGAAACGCAUCUUAACAACUCCCAACAAUUCAAACUUCCAAACUUCCUCUUAUAUAUCACUAAUCGCCCCCAACGGCUAGGACAUCCUGCGUGGGGAGGCACAGCCAUACUUAUAAAUCGAAAAAUCGUUCACCACCAGAUUAAGAUCACUACAUCAUCAAUUGAAAAUACCUCAAUUCAAAUCCAAGUAGGCAACAAAGAAUUAAGAUUAUCAGCGGUCUACAAAAAACCUGAUACCCUACUUCUUACUUCAGACCUAGAAUCUCUGCUUGAUACUUCACACUACGUCACCAUAGCAGGCGACUUAAACGCCAAACACCAAUCCUGGAACAGCAGGAGACAAAACACAGCAGGAAACACGCUCGCUAAUUUCGCAGACAAGAGAAGGGAUAUAACCAUAGCUGCCCCGACUUCGCCCACUCACUAUCCUGAUAACCCGAACCACAAUGCUGAUAUACUGGAUAUAGCUAUUCUCAAAACAGGGAAUCUAAGGUAUACAAUAGGAAAUCUCACAGCCGAACUUUCUUCCGAUCACACCCCUAUAAUUCUUGAGCUACAAGCCCAAGGCACUCAAACCCUACCACCUAAAGCUUUUAAACAUACAGAUUGGACCAAAUUCAAUCUUGAUACCAAAAACAUAAUCUUUGAUCACAAGAAAUACGAUUGA